AUGACGGUGAUCAUCGCGCCCACAGCGUCCCGCGCGUCUGCGACCGUCCGUCCCGACAACCCCGGGCCUGAUCCCCGCGACCUCCCUGCUGACCACCGAGUCUCCGACGACCUGUCAAGCCCCAUCUCAACGGGCCGCUUCGAAGAUGCCGCCGCUCCUUCCAAGACGUCUACUCGCGCGCUCGGAAAGCGCGCGCGCGAUGAAGGAGAGCUUGUUGGCGAUGCCGAGCACGAGGCGGGUGGCGGGGCGGGUGGUGGGGAGAGGGAUCGCAAGCGGCCGCGGCUCACGCAUCCUGACUGGGACAGUGUCACCGACGAAGAGCUGGAGGAUAUGUCGGAAGACGAGAGAGAUGAGUUCCGGUUCCUCCCCCAAGUAUAUUUGCUGUAUGAGCACGAAGAUCUGAAUCUGACCACCAUCGACGAACCGAUCCUGUCGUCCGAUGGUAUCGAAGGGUUUGAUGACCUUUUUGACUUCUCCGCCUUCGAAGAUGAUAGCUUCGCGUCGUAUGAACGGACGGGAGAAGGAACGUCAGCAUCGACUAGUGAUGCAACAGUUGGAACGUCUCAAGCCGGAGAUAACUUCUGGGAUGCGCCUUGGUUCAAUGAGAUCCGUACCCCCAGCGGCAGUCUUGCUGACGACGAACGUAGCUGGGAGGAGCUCGUUGCCGAGAUCAUCCCAGCCGGCACUACGCAAAUCUCAGAAGACGACGAAGACGACAUGGAGCCCUGUGGUCCAAUCCUCAGCAACGACCUCACAACUGCUGGGUGGUACGAUUGUACUCCAUUCAACCCCGUUCGAAACCACCCGCGGUUCGCGUACGUGGGAGUCUCACGAAGAGGCUAUGCUGGCGGGAACGUCUCCGAUCGCGCUACCCAACGGGAGGUCAAUUACGCCGUGCCAGUUGGGCACUUUUGGAACGCGAUUCCUAUGCGUAUUCGCGAGGACACGCACGUCGCGGUGUGUGUGACCGACCACGAGGCGGAUGCGCAAGGCCUCAGCCACCGCCUGCGAUCCGCUACCCUCACUCUCAGCCUCUCCCUCGCCUAUCCUGACCACAUCCCCCACACCCCAGCAUCUCGCUUCCGCUUCACACCCCCCCGAGGUCUCGACGCACGCAUCGCCAUCAUGGCCACAGGUUUGACCACACCGCCCACCACGACUCUCCCCGCGGUCCUCGCGUUUGCCUACUGCAGUUUCGAAGAGGGGAUCCUACGCGAGAAAUCGGAGUUCACCGACGCAGCGAAAGAGAUGAUCCGAGCCACAGAGCUCAGCCAGACCAAGGUGAAGCGCAAGGCGAGCCAGGAGAACGUCGCGAGCGCGGAUCGCCGGAAAAAAGGACGGAAGACUCGUCGCGGCUCAGCGUCCGGUGCGAAUGCUCCACAGAAGGAAAACAGAGGUCUGGGAGGGGAGUCAGUCGAUGCGACGGUGGUUCCUGACACGCCUGGAUCUUCUUCCGUUGCGUCUGGUUCGUCGAGGAGCAGCAGCAUGCACGCAGAGGAAGGUGCCUCCAACUACGCUCUCGUCGAUCCCCGUCCCGCAAUUCCGAUCAACGCUGGUCCAAACUAUAUGAACCAAAGCGAAUGGGACGUGCCUCGUUACUACCAAGCCUAUGCCAGCUACAUGGUUGAUCCUGAGUACACACCGCAAAUGUUUACGGGAGGGCAUCAGGAUACAAUGUUCGGACAACCAUCCGGAAAAAUCCUUCCUGUGGGGCAAGAAGUGUUCAGCAACUGCGGAGCUCCGUACUACGCUGCCGACCCGUUGAUGUCGAACCCCAACGGCUACGGAGAAGAGGUUCAGCCUCGUACGAAUAACUACACUUGGAACGCACCGAGAGAAGCGGCUUCCUACACCGCACCGAACUACUGGACGCGUGGAGAACAUGAACCGCCUUGCGUUCCAGAGACCACAGCGCACACUGCUUCCUUUACAGUGUGCGGUGGACCUCAAACGUACGGAGGAUACUUCCCAUCCGAUAUGACGUUCGGCGUGGAAGGAAACGCAGUCUACGCGCCCGCCAACGCCGGCCUCCAAUUCCAACCGCAACUGGUGAUCGCUCCCUUUCCUCAAAUCCAGCCCUCGCCCGCAUCCUAUCAGGAGUUCUUUCCACUGGACCAGCGCACCGACCCCACACGCGACACGCGUCUCAACGACGGCAUCUCCAUGGAGCGUCCCAAGCGCUCGCCGCCGCGCGACUUCGACACGUCGUUCCUGCACUUGCAGAUGACCCCAAGCGCCCCAAAUGGACGAAGGAGCCACCCGCCAGCGCUCCAGCACGACCGCCGCGCCCGCGGUCGCCUAUCCCGUGCCUCCAGCGUGCUGAGCGGGCGAGCGCGACCCGCCCCCUAUCCGGGUCGGGCAGAUGCUCGACGACUUCCAGUCUCGGUGCGCGCCGACGACGUCCUGCUGGAGGUGCAGCGUCUUGAGCAGCUCGAGCGCGCCCGAGCUGCGGGAGCACGCGCUCACCCCUGUGCCUACACCGGGGCUUGA